AAAAAACUGAGGUUAGGUAAAAGCAUAGUAAUAAAUAAUUUUGUAAACUUUUAUAAAAAUGAGUCCUCAAAUUACAAAUCUUAUGAUAAUUUUAGGCACAAUGCAAAUUUCAAAAAGAAUAAAUUUCGAUGAUCCCGAAGUUUUAUUUUAUAUUAGAUGUCUUUGCAUUGCUUCAAAUGUAAUUAUUGCGUUGGUUUAUUAUUUAUGUUAUAUUUCUAUCCGAAGAAAAAAUGAUCUUACUACUUUAAAAUAUAUUAAAUCUUCUAUGAGCGGUCAGUCUGAAGAACAACUUGUUGUAACUACAGUCAAAGAAUAUGAUACUAUUGAGUUGAAGAAGGCUAUAAAGCAAUCCUUUGUAGGAGUUUGUAUGAUAGCAGUGAUGCAUUUAUACUUUAAAUUUUCUCAGCCUCUUCUUGUACAGUCUAUUUUACCUCUUAAAACAGUGUUAGAAGGAAAGAUUGUGCAACUACAUCUGUGGAAAAAAUCUGCGUCUGGAGAACUUAAAAGACCUUUUAAGAAACAACAAGGAUUUUUUGGUGUUUCUAUAGGAGAUGAUAUUAAAACAGACAAGAAAAGUAUUGAGCAGGCGGAGAAAGCUGGAGUUGGUGCAAAAGAAGAGUAAAUUUUACAAUAGUUGAAUACAAUUUGCAUAAUAUUUAUUGAUG